GCGCAGCUCAGCUCAGCUCAGAAGAAAAUGAAUAUCGUAUCAAGUUGACAAUAGAUCACUUCAAUCGACCCUUGUCGUAAAACUUCUACCUAUAUCGAAUAUAAGCUUGCUUAAUGCAAGUAAAUAAUUGUCUAGCUGUUAUAAGCAAUUAAAUCUUAUCGUUAUCGGUGUUUAAUGAGAAGAAAAUUGUAUAAUUUUAACGGAUGUCAGAAUAUUUGUGUAAAUAAAUUUUGAAUUUAACUAAAGUUCCGCUGUCAUGUCAGUGCGAUGUGCAUUUUCCUAUAAAUUUGCGUAAGACCAGAAGACAGUUAAUUUUAUUCAGGAAUAUCCUGCAUCUAUAAUUUCGCCAUAAUCAGCUAUUCAGCGUAAAAAAGCAAACAUUUAUCUGCAUCUGUACUUCUGCAGUUUGUUCUGUCCCGCUCACUUAUUUGGUGACAGUGACAGUGUGACAGUAGUGACUAUAUGACGUUAUUUUUAUGUGAUGAUGUAUUGUUGACAGAUGGCAAAACAUCACGCACUCUCAAUCUCAAUCUCGGUGUCAUACCAACCAACCAUAUUGACAGCUAAGCUAUGUUCAUGAAAUGUUCAACUUAACCGGGGGUGGUUAUAAAUAGAAGAUGCUUAAGAGAGAUGCUGCCAUUUAAAGCUUAACUCGACUACGAAAAAGUUCAUCAUAAUAAAUUCGGACUUACAAACAAAAACGAAAAUUCAUUACAGUUAAUUCGUGUGUGGUUCUUCAUAAUAAGACGUUAGACGCGGUUCCGUGGUUUGAAUUUUGAUUUGAAAAAAAAUCUAUUGCUUGUUUAGCGCAAUUUCGUGUUAAUUUAAUAAAUAAACUCAAAGAAUUUAUAAUGAUUAUUGAAAAAGUGAUCUACAGAGCAUCAAACUCAGAAUUAUGGAGUUUUGCAAGUGUCAUACUCCUUGGAUUUACAAUCUACACGUUUUGGGGUUAUCUGAAGUCGGUGUUGCUAUCGCUGCAGCUAUCUGGGCCACCGACAGUACCAUUUUUAGGCAAUUGUCUGUUGAUCAAAGAGAGAGAUUUACUGUCUAAUAGAGCUUCGAAAGCCUAUGAUUUGUAUGGAUCCCUCGUUCGAAUUUGGGUAUUAUUGUUUCCGUUUUUUGUUGUCCUCCAGCCAGAUGAUCUUCAAGUGAUACUCUCAUCAAAAAAACACACGAAUAAAGUAUUUUUCUAUCGUUUAAUGCAUAAUUUUCUGGGAAAUGGUUUGAUUACGAGCAGUGGAGAGAAAUGGAGUACACAUCGAAGAUUAAUUCAACCGACAUUUCAUUUGAAUAUUUUGGAGAAAUUUAUUGGGACAUUUGCUGAUGCAUCGCAAGCUCUGUUUGAUAAUUUGGAUCCACUGGAGAAUGAGAUUAAUAUUGCGAAAUUUGUUAAUAAUUGUGUUAUUGAUAUUUUAAAUGAGGCUGUUCUUGGUGUUCCUGUUAAGAAAGACAAAAAUAGCAUGAAUAUGGAAGAAUCACCAUUUAGACAAGGAAAAAUUGUCGUGCCACAACGCUUUGUUCAGCCAUGGUUAUUACUCGAUACCAUCUACCACAUGACCAGUUUAGCUUCUGAAGAACUGGAUCAGAAGAAGCGCCUCAAUGAUUUCACCCGAAAAAUGAUCAAAAUCCGAAGGCAAAUCAUGCAAGAUGGUCCCACUCCCGAUCGAAAAUGUCUUUUGGACUUUUUAAUCGAGAUCUCAGACAACAAUCCGGACUUUACCGAAGAAGACAUUAUAAAUGAAGCUUGUACCUUUAUGCUUGCUGGUCAAGAUUCAGUUGGUGCAGCCACAGCAUUUACCUUAUUUCUCUUGGCUCAGAAUCCAAAGGAACAAGAAAAGUGCAUCGAGGAGAUUGAUUCGAUAUUUGGAGAUGACGAUCGACCACCUUCAAUGUUGGAUCUGCGAGAGAUGCGUCACUUGGAGAUGUGCAUUAAGGAAUCACUACGUUUGUAUCCUAGUGUUCCACUGAUUGCUCGAAAGAUUGGCGAAGAAGUUCAGCUAGGCAAGCACAAGUUACCCGCAGGUAGCAAUGUUUUCAUUUGUCCAUAUUCAACGCACCGGAUAUCACACAUCUAUCCGGAUCCAGAGAAAUUUGAUCCUCUACGAUUCACACCGGAGAAUUGUGAGAAGAGACAUCCCUACGCGUAUAUUCCUUUCAGUGCAGGUCCUCGAUAUUGUAUUGGCAAUCGAUUUGCCCUCAUGGAAAUGAAGACUGUUAUUUCACGACUUUUGCGAAGCUAUGAACUGCUUCCGGUUCCGGGAAAGACAAAAAUCGAAGCCAGAUUUCGAAUAACCUUAAGGGCAGCUGGUGGUCUUUGGAUUAGACUGAAACAUAGGCGAGGAGAUGUGACAGACACAGAGCUGGCUCCAACAGAAAAUGUUAUGUAGUUUUAUGAAGAAAAGACAAACAAAUUAUUUGCCCAUGUGUCGAUUGCCUUAGAUUAAGAUUUAGGAUUACGGUUUGCACUUAAUUUAUAGUAUAGGUCACCUUUUUAACUCCAAGUUUGUGUAGAAAGAGGUUUGAUAAAUUAAUAAAUAAAAAUAAUAAAAAAAAAACAACUAACUAAGCGAAGUUUCCUUAUCACACGCUUAAUGGUUAACAACAAAAACAAGCUUUAAAAUUUUUAUAUUUUUCUUUUCAUAAUAAUAAGUUUAUUGUUUAUUAAGAUAACGUGAUGUAUCUUUUUGUAUAUGUGAUUUCCAAAAUUUCUUGUUCUUAUCUUAUCUCAUAAACAAAAGGCAUAAAAUGAAUACUAAAUAAUAAAACAAAUUAAACUUAA